UCCUCCCCGAUGCUCCCGGUCCCGCCCCGCCGGCCGGUGGGGCGCGGGCAGCGGCUGCAGGUGCGGGUGGCAGCGGAGGGAUGGCGCAGCCCAGCGAGGCCUCGGUGCACUCGGCGGCUGGCGGCGCCGCUAUGGACAGCAACGUCCUGGCCAUCGUUAUCGCCGCGACUGUGUCCACCUCCGUCUUCAUCGUGGCAAUCCUCAUCCUGCUGCUGCUCCUGUACCACCGGGACCCCAUGUGCUGCCAGUUCCUCUGCUCCUGCCGCUUAUUCCAGAGCCCCAGCCAGUAUGACUGCCCCCCACCCUACUUCAGCAGCAGCCAGCGGCUGGUGGGUCCCCAGUGCAGAGCCUCGCGCUUGGAGAGUGCUGCGGCUGAGAACCCGGGUGUGCAGGGGGAUGAGCUGUUCUGCGUCGGGCCCCCCAGCACGUACCAGGUCCCAUACUGGGAGCAGCCGCGCCUGCCCAGCUAUGAGAGUGUACGGAAGAAAGAUCGGCAGCGGGAGAUCCACCAGAUGAUUGCUGAGAGGUUCGGGCUGUGGGCAGAACCUUCCCAGGAGAUGCCGCCUCCCUAUGAGCAUGCUCUGAGGCAUCCUCCAGCUUUCUCAGGACCAGUGAUAAGCUCAGAGACCUUGGACAGACGUGGCAUGACAGACCCUUUUCAGGCCCCUCUUGGCUACCAAACUCGGCGAAACACAGCUGUGUAAGGCCUCAGUGGGCUGCUGCUUCCCAUGGUUUCAGUGACAGAAGUGCCUGUGACAUUGUUCUCCUCCACAGGGAAUGGCCAAACAUGAGACCUUUGCCCAGGUUUGCCAUCAGCUGAGACACAGGCAGGUCAGACCUGGCCAGCAGAGACAUCCCUCCUGCAGCACAAGCACAACCAUGGAGCCACUGCCAGGCAGAGCAACCAGGGAUGUGUGUGCUCGCUCUUCUCUGGCAAACAUACUGUUACCAAAAGCAAGAGACCAGCUGCUUGCUUCUAUACAAGGGGCAAAGCCAAGGUGAAGGUCUGCUCAGCCAGAGCUCCUCAGGCAGCUGGCAUAUUGCACCUCUGUGAGGCAAGCACUGUCAGUUGUACCAAGGAUCAGACCUCAGUCACCGUGUUGUGCUACUUCACUUGUUUCUUAGUUUAUGAAAUGUUUUACUUUAUCAGUG